AUGGAUCCCGUGCCCGCCCUCCACGACACUUCCAUUGGAGCGCUCUGCAUCGACACCUCACCGCUGUGCGAUGCGCCGACGCUCGUCGAGUCGGUGGCCUCCACGUCUUGGAUUCAGACGGAACAGCGCAGUAUACCGGUGGCCGUCCAAAAUCGAUCCUCGUCGGUAGCUCUCCCGUCCGCUCUCAUGGCGCCAGCCGCCUACCACGACCACGCCGGAGAUAAAAGUGCCGACGACGGGCUAUGGCACGCGUGCGGGGUAUGCCACACGAAGGAGACGCCGCAGUGGCGGACCGGGCCGGACGGGCCGGGCACGCUGUGCAACGCGUGCGGCAUCCGGUACAGGAUGGCCGGCGACAGGCACCUCGCGGAGCACAGCCAUCGACGAGUCCCGACGAUGGGAGCUUCGGCCGGGAAGUCCCGUGGAGCCGCCGGCAGGGUGGUAACGCUCGACGAGGAAGCUUCGGUGCAGUUGGCGCCCAAGGCCGGCGAAGUCUCGGGCCAUUGA